CCCUUCCUAUUUUAUAGGACACCGGCUCAGUGCCUUUCUUUACAUCCAGACACCGUGCACCGAUUGCCGAGCCCUCACCUUUAUCCAAAUUGAUUUGGAGGACAAGUGAUUAGUCCAAACAAAGUGAGUUGGAAAAUAUAGAUGCACGUGCUGCCUUCAUGUCUAGAUGAUGGGCAGAGGAAAUCUUGGAUAUUAUUCUUCUUAAAAUUUCUACGGCUGUGCUGCCCUGCUCAAGGAUGGCCGGAAGUCCUAACCAUAAACUUGAUGAAGAGGGCCUUGGGGGCCGAGUGGUUCGUUUCCAGAGCUACCUGCACGGAGGGACCUCCAGUUUGCUUUCAACCCUCCCCACCCUCAUUGUCUUCCCUGUCUACAAAACUGUUUUCCGACAACAGAUCCACAACAAUCCAGUUCACCUGGCAGUGGCACAGCUCUACAAAGAGGGUCCAGUAAAGCUCUAUAGGGGUGUGGUCCCUCCCUUACUGAUGAGGACGCUGAAUGGCACACUGCUCUUUGGCCUCCAGGACACUCUCCUCCACCAGCUCUCCACCUCGUCCCAUAAUAUCAUCUCCACCUCGGCUCGGCCUGCUCUGGCUGGCUUUGGAGCAGGUAUUGUGGAAGCCAUGGUUUUUACCCCCUUUGAACGUGUCCAGAAUGUGCUGCAAAAUGGCCAAAACGACCGUCAGCUACCCACCUUGAAGAAUGUUCUUGUGAGGCUAAAGUCGCAGGAAUUGGCUUUAGGGUACUACAGAGCAUUUCUGCCCAUCACAGCCAGAAACGCCCUGGGCAGCUCCCUCUACUUUGGACUGAAGGGUCCUGUGUGUGCAGUUGUGGCAGGGCAAGGGCACUCACCAAUGAUAUCAUCCUUCAUCUCAGGGACACUGACCUCCAUGGCCAUCAGCCUCGCCCUUUACCCACUCUCUGUGCUGGUGGCAAACAUGCAAGCACAGGUGGGAGGGGAGGGGAAAGGGGUCAUGGCAGGUUGGAGGACGCUGUGGACAUCCCGACAGCGGAGUGUGGCUCUGCUGUACCGGGGAGGUUCUCUAGUUAUUCUGAGAUCAUGCAUCACAUGGGGAAUUGCAACUGCUGUUUAUGACUGUCAGCAGAAACGCUCAGGCUGACCAGAUACUGUUAACAAUAUUUUGUAUUAUUGUUUAAUGACAUACCUUUCAGGAAACAGUGCAAUUUGAAGAAAAAAAAUAAUGACAAUUACUGAACAUGCACAUUCCAGUAUUUUAUUGAAUGUGUUUAUGAAUCAGCGAUAAGACUUAACAUGCCAUACCCAUUUGGCCAUUUCCACAGCAGACGUGCUAACAGGAAGAGCACUGUUUCCACACAACAUUACCAAAAGCUUCCUUCUGUUCAAGUAUCUUGACCGUAAGCCAGUUUGCACAAUUCUAGGUACUUAAAACUGAAGCCAAAUAAUUUACUUAAGCUGCAUCGUGUGAUUAUUUACACCUGUUCUUUUCUUACUGUUGUAUGUUAAAAUGUCUUCUGUGGAAAGCAUGUAUAUGAUAUUACUGCCACAUGGUGCACUGUCGGAUUCGAACCAACCACCACUGCCAGAUUUGUUAUUUAGGCUGCAGAAGGAAGUUAAAAGCAUCACUGACAGGACUUGAAAAUAUUACAGUGUAACCAGACAUUGUUAGUGCAUAUAAGAGAUCAGGAAAUCACAGGUGCCUUGAUUUUUUAUUUUCAUACGAGGGAACUUCUCAGAUGUUAACCUCCACACUUCAUUGACUCAUCCUGGGAAUCACAGCUCAUCUUGUAAGCACUGUUAUAUGAUGUCCAGUAAGGCUAUGAGUGGGCUUUGCCUUUUUCAUGUUUUCAGGAUGUCACUUUUUUGUCUUUAUUAAAGUAGUAUUUUUUGAAAAGACAGAAAUGCAGGCAAAGAAAUUCCGAAUAGGAUCCCUUAAGGUCACAAGACAUACCUUUUGUUGUCUAUGAUUCAGUUUCACUAAAUGAUAACCCUGUCACGGUGUUCUAUGAUUGAUUAUGGCAUAAACCCUGUGAUACAAGAGAUUCUAGGAAAUAUUGUUGUUUACUGUAUCAGCUACAUGUGAUCCAAGGAAUUGGUUUCAUCUUUGUAAAAGUGGGUUAUUUGAUUUUAAGGGCUGGAGACUUACAUCACACUGUUACCUUAAUAUGACAUCUACAUCAGGUGGUUUCUUCAAUCAAGGGGGAUGUAUGUUAAUGGUGUACUGCCAAGAUAUGACUGAAUUUUCUGCAUGAGAUCAAAUAAGAAUAGGAAUCAAAAGAUUUGAAAAGCAAGACAGGACUCAGUGGUCAGCAUGGUUUCCUAACUAUACAGUCCUGGUUUAGAGUGUGUCUCCUGACAGGUCUCUCUGAAAGGUAUUUUCCUGCUCUCCUGAUGUCUGCAUUGGUGUGCAGAAGCUUGAACUUGCAGGUUAUGCUGAUUGAAGACUACUACUACUAUGUAUUGUAAAAUUCAGGAUGCAUCCUGCCUCUCACAAAGUGUGUUGGACAGCAUCCAGUCUUCUGGAAAUAGAUCAAAUCUGUUAAUAUAAUAAAUGUAUUUGUUAUCCACAAGGUGAGCCCAUUGAACAAAACUAUACAACUGUGAUAAAACAGUGUAACCUGCCUCCCUGUAACUUCACUGUAUAUAUGUGAUGUUAUGUAGCCUAUUGCAAAAAAUGGAUUUUUCAGUGCAUUAAUAAAUUAUUCAUUAUAUCCCAGA